GGAGCGGACAGUUUGCAAUGAGAAAAACACCAAAAAGGGAACUAAAAAACUCAGUCGAUUCCUUUUCAUUCUUUAUCGAUUGGCAGCGACAUUAUUUCAUUUCUUUAAGCCAAAUAGCGCCGACAUUCCCACACGCAAUAAACCGCCGCAAAGUGCGCAGAGGGGAACCAAAUCAGCUCAACCAACUAUCGAAAAAAUCCCAAAGCUUGAAGAUGUUAGGGAACUGGACUUAACACCACCAGAUCGAACCCUGCCGAAUGAAGAAAUACGACAACAAUAUGAAAUCAAGAAGUGGGAGCAUCAAAAACGAAAUUAA